GGCGGCAGGGCUCCUCUGGCUGGGAAGGCGCGGGGCGACCCGGUGUGUGGGCGCCUGGAGCCCCCGUUGCAGCCCCGGGGAAGGAAGCCAGUGGAGGGAACUUCUCCAUGAAUGUAUGUCACCAUGAUGAUGACCGACCAAAUCCCUCUGGAACUGCCCCCACUUCUGAAUGGAGAGGUCGCCAUGAUGCCACAUUUGGUGAAUGGGGAAGCGGCCCAGCAGGUUAUUCUCGUUCAAGUCAAUCCAGGAGAGACUUUCACAAUCCGAGCUGAGGACGGGACUCUUCAGUGCAUCCAGGGACCUGCUGAAGUUCCCAUGAUGUCACCUAAUGGAUCCAUCCCUCCCAUCCACGUGCCACCAGGUUAUAUCUCACAGGUGAUUGAAGACAGUACUGGAGUGCGCCGGGUGGUAGUUACACCCCAGUCCCCUGAGUGCUACCCUCCAAGUUACCCCUCUGCCAUGUCUCCGACCCACCACCUGCCCCCGUACCUGACGCACCACCCCCAUUUUAUCCAGAACUCUCACGCGGCCUACUACCCACCUGUCACUGUGCCUGGAGACAUGCCACCCCAGUUCUUCCCACAGCAUCACCUUCCCCCCACGAUCUACGGCGAGCAAGAAAUCAUCCCACUGUACGGCAUGUCCAGCUACAUCACCCGAGAAGACCAGUACAGCAAGCCCCCGCACAAAAAACUGAAAGACCGCCAGAUCGACCGCCAGAACCGCCUCAACAGCCCCCCCUCAACCCUCUACAAAAGUGGCUGCACCACCGUGUACAAUGGCUACGGGAAGGGCCACAGUGGAGGCGGCGGAGGUGGUGGAGGUGGCGGCAGCAGCGGGGGCCCUGGUAUCAAGAAGACUGAGCGGCGAGCCAGAAGCAGCCCAAAGGCCAACGAUGCAGACUUGCAAGAAUAUGAGUUGGAAGUAAAGAAGGUUCAAGACAUUCUUUCCGGGAUAGAGAAACCACAGGUGUCGAACAUCCAGGCGAGAGCAGUGGUGCUGUCUUGGGCUCCUCCUGUAGGACUUUCCUGUGGUCCCCACAGCGGCCUCUCCUUCCCCUACAGUUAUGAAGUUGCCUUAUCAGACAAAGGACGAGAUGGAAAAUACAAGAUCAUUUACAGUGGAGAAGAAUUGGGAUGCAACCUGAAAGAUCUCAGACCAGCGACUGAUUAUCACGUGAGGGUGUACGCCAUGUACAAUUCUGUGAAGGGAUCGUGUUCGGAGCCAGUUAGCUUCACAACCCACAGCUGUGCCCCGGAAUGCCCUUUCCCUCCCAAGCUGGCACACAGGAGCAAAAGUUCCCUCACCCUGCAGUGGAAGGCUCCAAUUGACAAUGGUUCAAAAAUCACCAACUACCUUUUAGAAUGGGAUGAGGGGAAGAGAAGCAGUGGGUUCCGACAGUGCUUCUUUGGGAGCCAGAAGCACUGCAAGCUGACCAAGCUGUGCCCGGCCGUGGGCUACACGUUCCGGUUAGCCGCUCGGAAUGACAUCGGCACCAGUGGCUAUAGCCAGGAGGUGGUGUGCUACACCUUGGGGAACAUCCCGCAGAUGCCCUCUGCUCCAAGACUGGUUCGGGCUGGCGUCACGUGGGUCACGUUGCAGUGGAACAAGCCAGAAGGCUGUUCACCCGAGGAAGUGAUUACCUACACCCUGGAAAUCCAAGAGGAAGAACACGAUAACCAUUUCCACCCAAAAUACACUGGAGAGGAUUUAACCUGUACUGUGAAAAAUCUCAAAAGAAGCACACAGUAUAAAUUCAGGCUGACUGCUUCAAACAUGGAAGGGAAAAGCUGCCCAAGUGAAGUGCUCGUUUGUACAACCAGCCCUGACCGGCCGGGGCCCCCGACCAGACCCCUCAUCAAGGGCCCGGUGACAGCUCACGGCUUCAGUGUCAAGUGGGACCCGCCGAAGGACAACGGUGGCUCUGAGAUCCUCAAGUAUUUGCUGGAGAUCACCGACGGCAAUUUCGAAGCCAACCAGUGGGAAGUGGCCUAUAGUGGAUCUGCUACAGAAUAUGUUUUCACCCACCUGAAACCAGGCACUUUGUACAAACUCCGAGCAUGCUGCAUCAGUACUGGUGGGCACAGCCAGUGUUCCGAAAGUCUCCCUGUCCGCACACUGCGCAUAGCGCCCGGCCAGUGUCAGCCACCGAGGGUUUCAGGGAGACCAAAGCACAAAGAAGUCCACUUAGAGUGGGAUGUGCCCGAAUGCGAGAGCGGCUCCGAGGUGUCGGAGUUCAGCGUGGAGAUGACGGAGCCUGAGGACGCGGCUUCCGAGGUGUACCACGGGCCAGAACUCACGUGCACCGUGGGCAACCUGCUCCCUGGGACCGUGUACCGCUUCCGAGUGAGGGCGCUCAACGACGGAGGGUAUGGUCCCUAUUCUGAUGUAUCCGAAAUCACCACUGCAGCCGGGCCCCCGGGACAGUGCAAAGGACCUGGGAUUUCUUUCACAUCUGAUGGCCGUGUCCUUGUGAGCUGGGAGAGCCCCGAGAGCUUGGGUGCAGACAUCUCAGAAUACCGGUUGGAGUGGGGAGAAGAUGAAGAGUCCCUGGAACUCAUUUAUCACGGGCCAGACACCUGCUUCGAGAUAAGAGACCUGCUGCCUGCCGCUCAGUAUUGUUGCAGGCUACAGGCCUUCAACCCCGCAGGUGCGGGACCGUACAGUGAGCUUGUUGUGUGUCAGACGCCAGCGUCCGCCCCCGACCCCAUUUCCACGCUCUGUGUCCUGGAAGACGAGCCCCUCACCACCCACCCAGACCCACCCUCCGUGUGCCUGGUUCUGAACUGGGAGGAGCCAUGCAGUAACGGCUCUGAGAUCCUCGCUUACAACAUCGAUCUUGGAGACAAAAGUGUCACGGUGGGCAACACCACCAGCCAUGUCCUGCGGGACCUUCUCCCCGAAACCACAUACAGGAUCAGAAUUCAGGCUAUCAAUGAAAUUGGAGCUGGACCAUUUAGUCAGUUCAUUAAAGCAAAAACCCGGCCCUUGCCACCCUUGCCUCCUAGGCUGGAGUGCGCUGCUGCCGGCCCCCAGAGCCUAAAGCUAAAGUGGGGGGACAGUAACUCCAACUCCAAGACACACGCUGCUGAUGACAUGGUGUAUACACUGCAGCUAGAGGACCGGAACAAGAGGUUUAUUUCGAUCUACAGAGGACCCAGCCACACCUACAAGGUCCAGAGACUGACGGAAUUCACCUGUUACUCCUUCCGAAUCCAGGCAGCCAGUGAGGCUGGGGAGGGGCCCUUCUCAGAAACCUAUACCUUCAGCACAACCAAAAGUGUCCCCCCUACCCUCAAAGCACCACGAGUAACACAGUUAGAAGGCAAUUCCUGUGAAAUUUUUUGGGAGACGGUACCACCAAUGAAGGGCGACCCUGUCAGCUACGUUCUACAAGUAUUGGUUGGAAGAGAAUCCGAGUACAAACAGGUAUACAAGGGAGAAGAUGCCACAUUCCAGAUCUCAGGCCUCCAGACCAACACGGAGUACAGGUUCCGUGUGUGCGCGUGCCGUCGCUGCCUGGACACCGCACAGGAGCUCAGCGGAACCUUCAGCCCCUCCGCGGCUUUCACCCUACAACGAAGUGAGGUCAUCCUCUCCGGGGACAUGGGGAGCUUAGAUGACCCCAGAAUGAAGACCAUGAUGCCUACUGAUGAACAGUUUGCUGCCCUCAUCAUGCUUGGCUUCGCGACUCUGUCUAUUUUAUUUGCCUUUAUAUUACAGUACUUCUUAAUGAAGUAAACAACUCAUAUGAAUUUACUUAGUGCUACACAUUUUAAUACACACAUUUAUUCAGAUACCCCACCCCCUUUUUUAAAAAGCCCUUUUGUUCUUUGAUUUAUAUACUUCUCUUGUUUUACAGAUUUAGCUAGGAAAAAAAUGUCAGUGUCUUGGUGCACCUUUUUGAAAUGCAAAACUAGGAAGAGGUUAAACUGGAUUUUUUUUUCUUUUUUAAUUAAAAAGAAGAAGAAGAAGAGGAAGAAAAGCAAACCAGAUACCAAACGCUUUCUUAUGUUUUCUUUUUGAGUUUUCAAAUUUGCUUUGAUUUCUGUUUUUCACUGAUGUCUUUGGCAAGACUUUGAUUUUUUUUCUUUUAAUGUUACAAUUUAGUAAUUUAUAGUCACCCGUCACUUCUUUAUCUUGAUCAUCUAUAUCUGUAAACAGAAUCACAGCAUGUGUGCUUAAGAGGACUAGGUUGUCAGCACUGUCAGAGUUACUCAUACAGCAACACAUACACAAGCGUGUGCACUCACAUACAGCUGCCCGAGCCGUCAUUGCCACUCAGUUUUGUAACUGUGUUUAGGUCGUUUAAUUCAAAAUGUGUAUUUUAAUCGGAAAUGUUUUAGUAAUCUAUAGUUCUUCUGAUUUAACACUCUAUGAGCUGCCUGUAUAAAAAACAAUCAAGUAAUCAAAAUGCACCAAUAAAUUACGGCGCAUUGUGUAGAUUUGACCACACAGAUUCAUAGCAGUAACUUUAAGAGGGCAUUGUGCAAUAGAUAGUUGUUUUCUUUAUUCAGCUAUUUGAAAAGCUGCUUUAACUUGUGUGUUUGUCUUUGUAUAUAACUACUUUUCUAAUCACUAGAGUUAUUAUAUUCUGUUACGUUUAACCACAACGCUACAAUGACAGUUGAUGACGGGUUAGUGCCUCUGCCCAUUUGUCUGUGACUUACACUAAUUUUGAGCAGUCUUUGUACAUGUCAUCUCAUGAUUUGGAAAGAUUUGCCUUCUGGCUGUUCUUUGAGGUAUCAAUGAAGUGAUUGAAUUUCAAUACCUUAAUUCAGUGCCCAUCAUACUAGUGUAACAGCAGGUGAAGAAAUGAUUUAAAAAACAACCCAAAGGGGAAAUCACCUGAAUCUGUAGCUCUUAUUUCUGUGGGUGGACCAAGAAUGGGAUUUGGCGACCAGCCUGGGUGGGAGGGGAUCGGGAGGCCUAGAUGCUCUCCCUGGAUCUGUCACUAACUUGCUGUGUGAUCUGAACACGUCACUUUACCUCUCUGUGCCUCGGUUUUUCCAUGCUUGAAAAGAAAAGAAAAUGGAGGUUCUUAUGCUUGUUGAAGUGCUUUGAGAUCCUUGAUGAGCAGGUGCUAUCGGAGUGCACAGUGUUUCUCUUACAUGUUUAUGUUUUUGAGUCAUGAGAUAAUCGAUUUUAACCCAAAGUCAUUGCAUUGUUUAUAUGAAGUCCAUAAUGUUCAAGUACCUCAGGGACACUUAAGGAAUUGGAGGUGCAAAUGUAUUCCAAAAGGGUGCAACAGGCACAGAAUACCCCCCACCCCACCCCCCACUCUCCUGCUCUAGGUUUUUUUUUUUUUUUUUUUUUGUAUAUUUUUGCUACUUGGUUUUCUUU